CGGAAGUGGAACGGAACGGAAAGAAGAUUAUGGUAUAUGGAUAAGGAAAGAUGAAACAAACCUCCUGGUAUAAAAGGACAACACAAGGAAGGAGUCUUCGGAAUGGUUUUUUCCUUUUGAAGGAUGAAAUAAUGGAUACGUUCGUUCUCGCAAAGUGGGUCUACUGUAGAACUUUUUGCAUUUGCAAAACAACAUACAGAUACUAGUCCACCACGGAACGAGAAAAGAAACCAAAGUAAUCAACGAGGUGAGGUGAACAAGGUAAACAAAUAAAACCGCAAGGAAAAUCCAGCACAGAAGAAAAGAAAAGAAAAAUGAAAAAAGAAAAAUGAAGAACCCAAACAAUACUUUUUUCAACGAUGUUUUGUUGGAAAAAAUUGAAAGAAUAUCGCUGAUAUAUACAUGUUUGUUUGUUUGUUUGUUUGUUUUUUUUUUAAAUUUUUUUUUCUGAUUUCGAAUUCCCUUUCCUUGUCUUCUCAUGACCAAAAUAAAAACAAUCGGGUCGGUCUACCUACUAUCAUACAUAGUGGUACACAAUAAUCACAUGCUCCUGUAUACAUACACCUGAAUGCUCCUGGUGCAUACAGGAGUGCAUCUUUAUAACGUGAUGGAAGAGUCGACUGGUAGUAUCACCUUACAACAAAGAAAACAAAGAGCAAAAGAGGAGGGGCUCAACACGGAAAACCUGGUGCUUUCUUUUGUUUUCCCUCCUUGUGUUUUGGCAUUUCUAGACUGUCCACAUUGUGUUGAAAUCGGGUUUCGUUCCCGAUGCUAACAAUGCCAAGUCAGCCAUCCAGGUAGCCUAGCCUAGCCUAGUCAAGCCAGCCUUUUCUCAAGUACCGAUCGGGAGUUGUCUGCCAGUCGCUUACCGCAUUGUUUUUUUUUAUUUGGUUUCGAAAAAUUUCUCUUUCUUUUGUGUGUACGAAUAAAACGUUCGUUUUACUUUUUGUACUACCGAGUGGUGUGUUGAACUAUUGAAACCGGCUAUAUCUCCAUCAAUCAACAAAUGAACCUUCCAUGAUCAGGUUUGAUUUGGUUUGUUUCGGUUUCUGUUUAGUUUUUCCUUUGUACUUUUUAUUUUUUUUUUUUUUAAUUUCUUUAUUUUUUCAAUUCUUGGAUGCGCUGGUUGUUGUUUUUUAUCCUUUCUUUCAAUGCCGUAGUAGGUCGCAAUCGGUACCGUUGUUUUCCUUUCCCCGACAUACCUCGAGCCUUGUUUGUUAAAGUUGACUUUUUCGAGUGGGGUUCCUUGCAUAUACCCUACCCUAACUAAACCUACCCGCUGCAUUGAGUUUGCAACUUGAUCUCACACACAGUUUAAAGUUUCUCCCCCCAAUUGCACAAAACAUAAAUGCGACUUGCGCACUUUGGAAUCUAAAGUUUACCCAGCCUUUUGUUUUGAUUACCGUCUUCCACUCAUCGUCUUCUCCCCUCCCUUCUUGGCCACAAUGGAGUCGUUUUCGACGCCUCUUUGACCUCUGACUUCCAUCAUCCUCACGAAAGGCUUCAACAAGGUUCGAGAGUGACGUUGGUUCCCGGCAAUAAGAAAAAUGUAUCGUGAUUACAUCUACCGGUUCUCCACAAUUACGUCGGCAUUUCGAAAGUAUCAAUGGGUCUAGAUUUUUUGAAAACCCUGACCGAACUACCAAUCAAAAAAAUCAAGCAACGUGACUCGUAUGUGGUUGCACUUUAUUUUACCAGUCCACUUUGUCUCGUGUCUUAUUUUGUUCAUUGAUGUUACCUUUCUCCUCAUUGAUACGUAGCCGAACUUAUUCUUCUUCUUACUAUCUCGCUCUCCCUCUAUUAAUUUGCGUCAUUCUUGUAUGUGUUGUUUCAAGUCGCAAAGAACCUUGAAUCCUCAGUCUUGAAAUUUCCUGCAUUUAUAUAGACCGCAUUCCCCAUGUUUUUCUUAAACCCCCAUUUCGUAUUUACUUACCUUGGAGCUUUGCUACCUCGAGAUCGAGUCCUUUUUCCUUACUUCUUUAGUAUAUAGUCGGGUAGUCUUUGUUAUUCUUCCUCCAUUACUUACUUAUUUACUUUUUCUUUGUUAAAAAAAAAUUUUUUUUUUUGUUCUCAUUUGUUUUUCAUCUUGUUUGGACUCUCUUUGUGUUUCCUUUACUUUUCUUACAAUACAAAUCUUUGCUUCCCUUUGGUUAGGUUAGUUCCUUUUUCUUCUUUGACCUCUUUUUUUUUUCUCUCCCUUUCGUCUUAGUCGAUAACCUAACCGUUCUUUGUCGUGCUUAGGGAUUUUAUUUGUUGUUGUAAAAAUCGUUAUUACUGGGGAGUAUUUCAAUCUUGUUAUUGAUUACUUCCAUCAUUUUUUAUCUCCCUCUCUCUCUCUCUCUCCCUCUCUCUCUCUCUUGCACGCGCAUCUUCCUUGAUUAUUUACAUCUUUCCUCUAUCCUCCCCGGUUCUCUCACCGUUUUUUUUUACCUCUAACCCAUUUUCCCUUUUCUUACUUCUUUUUUUGAAGCCUUGUUUCCCCCUAUUUACUUUACGUGAUUCCCUCGAUUGAACACUGAAAAUACAUGUCGAUUAGUUCCUUUUUGAAUUGGCUUUACUUUCUUUUGUAGUUUGUAUUUUUUUUUGAACUUCGCAUUUAGUUUCGCUUAAAUUGUUUCCCCCGUGUUCUUCUCUUUUAACUCCGCCAGAGAAGUGACGAUUCUUUUUCUUUUUCAUUUCUUCAUCGCUUGUUUACGUCUUGAACGCUUUUGAUUUCUCCAUUCUAAAGCUUUCCUUGUGUGGCUUCCCCCCUUUUUUUUUUUAUUUUUUUAAUUUUUAAUAUCUGCUUUUAUUAAAAAUUCGUACAACAAAAGUCAGUUCAAGUUUCUGGUUUCGCGUUCUUCGUUUCUAAUUCUGUUUAUCAACCAACAUUCGUUUAUAAUUAGCUCCUUGCUUACACUCUUUUCUUCCUUCUGCAUUUCAUUGUCAACACCCUCAAUUGCUUGUUUUUGCAAAUUCUUUGGCGUGUUGUUUUGUUCAUUCUUUUUUUUGUUCAACGUUUGGAGUCUUUUUCUCUACAUUGACAAAUUCUAUCCCGUUUUAUUCCUUUUUCUUUCCAUCUAAUCCUAUCCAUCUUCCCAUUUCUUUAACUCUUUGUUUUUUUGAUAUAAACAAAAACAAUGGACUAUAUUUUUCUCUUGACGGGAAGAAAAUUCCGCCAUAUUGACAUAAAUGCGAAUGUGAAUAAGGUGAAUAUCAAAAAAGAUUCCAUUCCUCAGGGUCAGGAACCUACCCAUCAACAGCAUGAAAAAGUAGAGCCUCAGACUCAUUCCAGCGAAGAAGAUGACGGUUUUACUUCUUCCCACAGUAAAUCCACCCAAGAGGAACAGGACCUUUCAGACUACCAAGUUGCUUGGGAUGGUUUAGACGACCCCUUAAAUCCCAAAAAUUGGCCCAUGUGGAAGAAGAACCUUACUCUGACAAUCGCUUCCUUUAUUGCUAUUGUAAUUACGGCCAAUUCCAGUAUUUUCUCUGCUGGUGGUGGUGUCGCUGCUAAGCAGUAUCAUGUAGGUGCUGCUGUUGGUGACUUGUGUUCUGCUGUAUUUUUGUUGGGGUUUGCUGCUGGUUCUGUCAUUUUUGCUCCUCUUUCUGAGGUUUAUGGACGACUUCCUAUUUAUUCUUGCACGCUCAUCAUUUUUACUCUUUUCCAAAUCGGUGGUGGCCUUUCCCAAAAUAUUUGGAGUUUAAUUAUUUUCCGCUUUAUACAUGGCUUUUUUGCUUGUACUCCCAUGUCUGCAUGUGGUGGUACCGUUAGUGAUCUCUAUUCCCCUGUCGAGCGUACCUCGGCAUUACUCUUCUUUUGCGCUUGUGCCUUCGUUGGUCCUCUUACUGGACCUACCAUAGGUGGUUUUAUCACCGAUAGCAAGUUAGGCUGGAGAUGGGAUUUUUGGAUCAACAUGAUUUGGGCUGCUCUUACUUGGGUAAUUGUUAUAUUCGUCAUGCCUGAAAGCCAUGGUUCUACAAUUCUUGAUUUUAAGGCUAGGUACCUUCGUAAAACUACAAGUUGCAGUUUGUGGUACAAUGAACACGAGCGUCAACGUAGCGUUACCAAUGCUAUCCGUACCUCAUUGACACGUGGUAUCAAGCUUUUGAGUACAGAAGCCAUUGUCCAAGCUAUUUGUUUAUAUCUCGUAUUCGUCAACGUUCUUCUCUAUAUGGUAAACGUUGGUUAUCCCAUGAUGUUUGCUCAGUACGGAUUCAAUCCUGGUGAAGAGGGUCUUGCUAUGCUUGGCGUUGAUGUGGGUAUUUUCGUGGGUUUUGCCUUUACCCCCUUGAUCCACAUACAUUAUAAGAAACGCUUUAAAUUAAACAAUGGCAAUGUUCGCCCUGAAGACCGUCUGUGGCCUCUUUUCUUUGGUUCCUUCUUUAUUCCAAUUGGUCUGUUUUGGUUAGCUUGGACUUGUUACCCGUCGGUUCAUUGGGCAGCUCCCUUAGUAAGUGGUGUCUUCUUAGGAUGGGGAUUUUUGUAUGUUUUGCAAGCUUGUUACGCUUAUCUUGUUGACUCUUACCACGAAUUGGCUGCUAGUGCUCUGGCCGUUGGUACUACCACCCGUUAUGCUGCUGGUGGCGGUAUGACUGUUGUUGCUCGUCCUAUGUACAAUAACUUAAAUUAUCAUUGGGCCACAUCUUUGUUAGCUUUCAUUGGUUGUGCUCUUGUUCCCAUUCCAUUCCUCUUCUUUUUCUUUGGUAAAAGAAUUCGUCAAAGAAGUUCCCAUGCCUACAAGGGUGGUUAAAUCAAUCAAAAGGAGCACGGGUGCUCUAAGUGUAUUAUAGUUUCUGCAUUAUAUGUUAAGAUUGUCUUUAAUGUUUUCUCUAUUAAAAGUUUAGCAAUGAGGAUCGGAAUUUUCGACUGGUUUGAAAAGGACGAAGUAUAUACUGUUGUUAAAGUUUCUCAAAGGACAACAAACUUGGAUUUUAUACCCUUAAGUUGGGGAUGAUGUGUUUUAUAAAUAAAGGAUGAGAUGGAUUCAUCAUCCCAUUGUUUAUAAUCUCUGUAAUAUACUUUGAGAAAGGUAUAUGAUAGAUAAGGGUCAAACGGCUUAGACCCUAUCGAUAAGUAUGCUUUGGACUACGAUUUAUGAUUUCUACAGUCUUUUUUUUUUUCUAAAAAUUUAUACGUAUUUUAUGAGCCUUGCAAGUUGUUAUAUAUAGUUAGCUAAACAGUGGCAUGUUGAAGUUUUUUUGUACGUUUACAGAAAAUGCUACAUAGUCUAAUAAAUACUAAAAAAUCUUUAUUUUUAGAGCAUCACA